AUGGACUUGGUUAUCAAGAAGGGUAUGAAGCGACGGGGUGGAGAGGGUCAACCUAGAGUUAAGUGGGGUGGCCUGACUCCAGUUAGUGCCUUGAAGAUAGGGGCGAAGUUAAAGGGGAUAGGGGUUUGGGAGGGUAGGGGGGACGUGGAUAGUAUAUGGGAUAGGGCUGUGGGAUGCAUCAGAGAGUCUUCUAGAGAGGUGUUGGGUGUCUCAAGGGGCUGGUCUGGCCAGUAUCCAGGGGAUUGGUGGUGGAAUGAAGAUGUUAAGAAGAAGGUAGAGACGAAGAAGACGUCUUAUGUUAAGUUGGUAGAGAGUGAGGAUAAAGAUGAGAAACGGGUAAGCAUGGAGGAGUAUAAGUUAGCUAAGAAGGAGGCUAAGUUAGCAGUUACAGCUGCUAAGACAGUAGCUUUUGAGAGUUUGUAUAAGGGAUUAGUGGAGAAAGGUAGGAAAAAGACGUUGUUUAGGCUUGUCAAGGCUAGAGAACAGAAGGGUCAGGAUCUGGACCAAGUGAAGGGAGUUGGAGCACACCGAGGAGUGUCGCGAUUUUGCUAUUAUCAGCGUUUUAAAGUUGAGGAGGUCAGACAGGCUAUUCGUAAGAUGCAAAGGGGCAGGACGACAGGGCCCGAAGAGAUCCCGAUGGAUUUUUGA